CGAAUGACGUUGCAUAACAAAGAUGGCGGCGGCAAACAGCAACUACUGGGAAGAUUUGCGGAAACAAGCCAGACAGUUGGAGAAUGAGCUCGACCUGAAGCUGGUGUCCUUCAGUAAACUGUGCACCAGCUACAGCAGCUCUCGCGAUGGCCGGAGAGGAGACAGUUCUGACACAACACCACUCCUUAACAACUCCACCCAAGACAGAAUGUUUGAGACCAUGUCAGUCGAGAUUGAGCAGCUUCUUGCAAAGCUUACAGGAAUAAACGAUAAGAUGGCAGAGUACACUAGCACACCGGGCGUGACAUCUCUUAAUGCUGCACUAAUGCACACGCUGCAGAGGCACCGAGACAUCCUGCAGGAUUACACACACGAGUUUCACAAAACCAAAUCCAACUUCUUAGCUGUCCGAGAACGAGAGGAUCUUCUUGGAUCUGUCAGGAAAGACACUGAGACGUACAAGAGUGGCUCAGGGGUGAACAACAGACGGACAGAACUUUUCCUUAAGGAACACGAGCACCUAAGAAACUCGGAUCGACUUAUUGAAGACACAAUAAGUAUUGCCAUGGCAACCAAGGAAAACAUGACUUCCCAGCGAGGCAUGUUAAAAUCUAUACAGAGCAGGGUCAACACUCUGGCCAAUCGAUUUCCUGCCAUCAAUAGCCUCAUCCAGCGAAUCAACUUAAGGAAGAGACGGGACUCAUUAAUUCUGGGUGGAGUUAUCGGCGUCUGCACCAUCCUUCUGUUGCUUUAUGCUUUUCACUGAUUGACAGAAGAUCUGAUGGCAUUUUGGGCUAUUCUGUGAGCAGUGGCAGGGCUUGGAGAAUAAGCUCAGUAAAUGGGACCCUGGAGGCUGCUAAGCAGACUCCCACUUGGCCUAAUCAAAUAACAGGAUUGAUUGUGGCCAGAAUGGACUACCUUACUUGUAUCUAGCACUGGGUUGGAUGUGGGUCGUACAACAUUUUUGUUUUCUUUAAUGCAAACAUAAUGAUGACAAUGAAAUGGAGACCAAAUAAUAAAUGAGACCAGAACAUUUUGGUUUUAAAGAGCAUCCUGUAAUACUAAUACUGGCUUUGAAAAAAAAAAAA